AUGGACAAGCAUUUAGAUGGCAAAAAGGCUGAUACUUCAUUUAAAGCUCUGCAGGAUAGCAGAUUUGUACCUUUGGAAGUGAGAAAUAAGUGCAGGGAGUUAUUCAACAAAUACAGCUCAAUAGAAUUGGAUUUGUAAAUGUCUCAAGAAGUCAAGGCAAAGCAUAUGGUUCAAUGGUGGGAAGAAAAUCUUGAUUUGUUUUCUGAGAUUAGACUUCACAGAGAAGACUUUAUGAAUUUAGUCUUAGAAAGCAGACUGCUUCUUAGGAAUGGAGUUGAAGAGUUGAUGGCUCUGUCACACAUCUUGAAUGUUCCUUUCAUCAUAGUAUCAGGGGGUAUUUCUGAAAUUAUCGAAUACAACUUUUAGGCUAUUAUGCAUAAUGGGGAAAUUAAAAAUGAGCAUGCCAAGCUAUGCUGGGAAAAUUCAAGGAUCUUUUCAAAUCAAUUCCAUUAUCGAGAUGAUAUAGCUUACGACUACAAAAAACCUGUCAUUCAUGUGCUUAACAAGCAAGAUUUUAUAUACGAUUAAGCUACUAGUUUUAGGAGGAAUGUCUUGGUCAUGGGUGACUUCUUAGAAGAUGUUCACAUGGUAAAGCACUCAUAGCACGAUAUCGUUCUCAAGAUAGGUUACCUGAAUAAUCUCUAACGUUAGGGACAUAUGAUUGAGGAAUUUAAGAAUCACUAUGAUUUAGUUAUCCUGCAUGAUGGCUCUCUGCAAAUAGUUAACUAUAUCUUAACAAAGGUUUUCUAAACUGGAAUAACUGAUGAUUUGGAGGAACUGCUUAAAGACGUAGCUGGACUCAAAGAUUUAAGAUAAGCAAUGAACUUCUGA